AGCGUGUUUAAUCACCUGUCAAAUGCAUCAUAUUCUGAAAUGUAUUCAGGCUACUAAGACCUCUACUAAAUCCCUCAGCUAAAGCGAAGGGUUGUAGUUUUUUUAUUGUUCUUUUUCUUAUUUUAUUCAAAAUCAAUUUUGAAAAUGCCGUUCUACUGCUCUGCACUUGCUCGGAUGGUUUUACAGGAAUAACGGAGUCGAGGCAAUUCAUCGGCAGACCGCGAGCUCCUCGGGGGUGUGCCUACAGUCCCCGGGCUCUAUAUAUUGAGAUGUUUUGUCCGGUGGCGUUAUGUGAAUUAGAGAGCACCGCAGCGGGACAGCUCUGCUUCCUCACUUUGACACCAUCUCCGUGCACGCUCCCCAGACGCCGCAAUGGACUCCCGUUUUCGCGCACUUUGCAUGACUUUUCUCCUGGCGUCGUUCACGCGGAGGUCAGGUGCGCUCGGCCCGGUCAUCAGAUGCGAGCCGUGCGACGUGGGCGCGCGGCUUCUGUGCAAGCCUCUGCCCCGGGACUGCGCCGAGAGGGUCCGCGAGCCGGGCUGCGGCUGCUGCAUGACUUGCGCGCAGAGCUUCGGCCAGCCGUGCGGCGUGUACUCCGGCAGAUGCGGCUCCGGGCUCACGUGUCAGCAUCAGCCCGGUGAGACGAGACCUCUGCAGGCGCUGCUGGAGGGACGCGGGAUCUGUGCAAACGGCUCUAACAAACGCCUCUCCGUCAGACCGACUCCUCCGGUCAACGAGCUGCCAGCAGAGAAUAUUGAGACUUCCUACGAGGAGCGAAAUUCCACCGGGUCGGGCCUCCAGACCUCGUACAGCACCCACAGGCCCACGGAACCCCCGAGACCUCCGCUUCACCCUUUUUUCCCCUCUGCCAAGUCAGAGGUCCUCUGGCGGGAGCAGCAGAAGAGAACCCAGAGCUUUAAAAUGGAGGAGCUCCCGGGACCCCUCAUCACAGACCAGCAAAACUUCUCUCUGGAGACCAAACAGGAGCCAGAGUAUGGUCCCUGUCGGAGAGAGAUCGAGAGCAUUCUCAGCAGCCUCAAGAUUACAGACAUUGUCAACCCCAGAGGUUUCCGCAUACCAAACUGUGACAAGAAGGGCUUCUAUAAGAAAAAACAGUGCCGGCCGUCCAAAGGCAGAAAGCGAGGCUUCUGUUGGUGCGUGGACAAAUACGGCCAGCCCUUGCCAGGUUUCGAUGGGAAGGAGCGAGGAGACGCCCAGCACUACAACUCUGAGAGCCAAUAGCAGCGGGGCCGGCCGGGGGGAGGGAGGGAGGGAGGGUUUGUGAGAGCAAGAAGAAUUAUAAACAAAUGGAGACACUGAGGAUAUUGGGAGAGAGGUCAAGAUAUGGCUCAGCCGAUACAUUGGAUGUUUGCUGUUUCCAUCUGUUGCCUGUGGGACCUUUUUUUUUUACAAGGCGGAGCAAGGGGAACAGAGGAAGAAGAAGAAAAAGGGCCUCUGUUUCACAGAUACUGUACUUUUCUGCGAUGGAUGGACUCUUCAUAAGCUUUUUUGUCUCUGACUCAGCCAGGACAACUUCUGAGAAGAGGAUGCGAUUCAUCUCAGAGGCCGAUUAUUCAAAAAAAAACAGAGACGUUUGUCACACAACAGUGAUGAGAGUGCUCUUCAUUUACGCACAAUUGAGUGGCAUUGCACAUGUGUACAUGCUUGUCAUAAUUUGUAUGCUCGUGGUUUGUUGUAAAGACGUUGUGUAUGUGUGUAUGAAUAUGUCUUUCGGAGUAAGCGUGCAGUGCCUUACUUUUCUAUGAAUUUCUUCUUUUUUUUCCGGUGGCUUCCUGCCCCUCAGGAAGUUGGACUGGACUGUGCAGCUCAAAUACUACAGUGCGUAUACUUUAUUCAAAUUAAAAUGAUUGAUGCUGGAUCUGAAGCCACAAGAAGAAGGACAUGUCCUUCAGUCUGUACUGUGGUUGUUAAUGUUUUGUUGUCACUUUGCAUAAGCUGAAUUUUUGGGGAUAAAGGCCACAAACCGUUGUCUCUGAUCUCUGUGUAGCCGGUGAUCAUCUCCAUCACCUGGCUUGGUUUAAGUGAAUAAGCUGUUUGCAUGUGAAAUGCAACCCUCAGACGUCUAUUUUUUACUUAAUAA